AUGACAAACAAAGAAGUAUAUAGAAAGCUUAUUGAAGCAAAGAAACAGAAACUAGCACAGUACCGUGAGUUUGAGAGUUUGGUAACUCAUUUGGCAAAUUAUACCACGAACAUUGGAGAACAGUUGGAUCAAAUGACAACUGGUGCCCAGGGUGUUAAAGAAAUCGUCGAAAACUGGGAACUUGUUUUACAGUCGAUAUCGCUUGCUUCUCUGGGGCUAACAAAGUACGGAAUUCAAGAUAUAGAGCAAGGAAAAGCUGCUCCUGAACCUUUGGUUCGUGUACGAUUAUUGACUGAUGAGGAGAUCCAGGAAGGUCAAAAUAAUGACCAAAAAGAAGAGCAAGAGGAAGGAGAGUUGGACAAGGAAGAUCAAGUAAACGAUUCAGGCGAAGAGAACGCUUAA